CAGAAUAAUCUUGUCAAACUUUACAUGUUUUGAAGUAAACACGUGUUUUCGUGUUCGUUAAUUAAUUAAAAAAAAUGGCACUUCAAGAUAAAAUUCUAUUAAGAAAAAUUAAGAAUUGUGAAAAAAAGAAAAAAUUAAAACUAUUACAAAAGAAAGAACAACAACAAAAAGAAAAAGCUUCAAAAUCGAAUGAAAAUGAGGAAAAUGUUCAAACUCAACCAAAAUUGAUAGAAAUUGGUGAUAAGAGAAAGCGUGAAGAUGAUGCUCCGGUUAAAAAAAAAAAACGCAAGAAGAAUAAAAAUAAACAAAAUGAUAACACAGAAGACGAAAAUGAAAACAAUGAAAACCAAGAAAGUGAGGAAAAUGAUUUAGAUGACAAUGAGAAACCAGCUCAUUCACAAGACUUGGGUGAAAAAUUACCAGGAUCAAAAGUAACUUUAGAAAUUUUAAGCGAUCGCAAAUUUGAUUCAUUAAAAGAUGUAGUCUGUGAACAUACAUUGAAAGCAAUUGAAGAUAUGGAAUUUACGACAAUGACAGAAAUUCAGGCGAAAUCCAUACCGCCCUUAUUAGAAGGCCGCGAUUUAGUGGCAGCUGCUAAAACGGGUUCGGGUAAAACAUUAGCCUUCUUAAUUCCAGCAAUAGAAUUGAUAUAUAAAUUAAAAUUUAUGCCACGAAACGGUACCGGUGUCAUAAUAAUUUCACCCACACGAGAAUUAUCAAUGCAAACGUUUGGAGUUUUAAAAGAACUAAUGAAAUAUCAUCAUCACACGUACGGUUUAGUAAUGGGAGGAGCUAGUCGUCAAACUGAAGCACAAAAAUUAUCAAAAGGAAUUAAUAUUUUGGUAGCCACUCCAGGAAGAUUACUCGAUCACUUACAACACACUCCCGAUUUUCUAUUCAAAAAUUUACAGUGUUUAAUUAUUGACGAAGCAGAUCGAAUUUUGGAUAUUGGUUUCGAAGAUGAAAUGAAACAAAUUAUUAAUAUGCUCCCAAAAAGACGACAAACAAUGUUAUUCUCAGCCACACAAACGAAAAAGAUAGAAGCAUUAACAACAUUAGCAUUGAAAAAAGAACCAGUCUAUGUUGGAGUACAUGAUGAUAAUGUUGAAGCAACUGUGUCGGGAUUAGAACAAGGAUACGUUGUUAUACCAUCUGAUAAGCGUUUAUUAGUGCUAUUCACAUUUUUGAAACGUAAUCGUAAUAAAAAAGUUAUGGUAUUUUUCAGUUCAUGUAUGAGUGUUAAAUUUCAUAAUGAAUUAUUUAAUUAUAUCGAUUUACCAGUUAUGAAUAUUCAUGGCAAGCAAAAGCAAACAAAACGGACGGCCACAUAUUAUCAAUUUUGUAAUGCGGAUACUGGAAUCUUAUUAUGCACAGAUGUUGCUGCCAGAGGCUUAGAUAUACCCGCCGUUGAUUGGAUUGUACAAUAUGAUCCACCAGAUGAUCCAAAAGAAUAUAUACAUCGAGUUGGACGUACUGCCAGAGGUGAAGGUUCCCGUGGUCAUGCUUUGUUAUUUUUACGGCCUGAAGAAUUGGGAUUUUUACGUUAUUUAAAACAAGCACGUGUACCAUUAAAUGAAUUUGAAUUUUCAUGGUCUAAAAUUUCAGAUAUACAAUUACAAUUAGAAAAAUUGAUACAGAAAAAUUACUUUUUAAAUUUAUCUGCAAAAGAAGCUUUUAAAGGAUAUGUUCGUGCUUACGAUUCACAUCAUUUGAAAACGAUAUUCGAUGUUGAAACGUUAGAUUUACAAAAAGUUGGAUCAUCGUUUGGAUUCACAGUACCUCCUGCUGUCGAUUUAAAGGUUGGUUUUAAGAAGAAUGACAGACCGCGUAAACGAACUGGGGGUGGUGGAUAUGGAUAUUAUAAAAAUUUAAAUGCUCCUGCAGGUGGUAAAAAAGAAGUAGAAAAAGCAAAAUUUUUCCGACAACCUAAAAAUAAGGGAAAUAGACAAUUUAGUCGUUAAAUUUGUUAUUGUUUA